AUUUUAUUAAGCACUAGUUUUUUUCUUAGGCCUUGAAAUAAGUUAUGGUUUAUCAAUUUCUAGUAAAGGGUUGUCCUUGUUUCUGAACAGAAGCUGAUUGUUCUUUUUCUAUAUUUUGUUUCUUGUAAGAAAAUACUUUGUCUAUAUACCUCAAUCUUGGUGUUCAUUGUUGAGUUAUAAACUUUAGAAAAUUCUCCUAAAUUCAUAUCAGCACAAAUGAUCCUAAAAGUUUUCCUUAUUUUGGUACUUAUUUCAAUUAUAUCUCUCACUUUUAAGGCAUACAUUGAAGUUGAAAACCAAAAUGGUCACAACAAUGAUCCAAUUCUCACCAGCUCAGAAUUUUUGAAGCCCGAAAGCAUCGAAAAGCAACAAGAUGAAGAUGCUUCUACAUCAGAAAAGUUACACCUAAUGAGAUUACCAUUUAGGCAUGGAAAUGAGCCUAGAAAACAUGUAUUGGACUCAACAAUCAAAGAUUUAGUUAGAAUUCAAACUCUUCAUAGAAAAGUCAUAGAGAAAAAGAACACAAACAUCAUGCCAAGAGAAAAAGAUGUUGUUUUAGCAUCUUUGAAAUCUUCUAAAGAUGAAUUUUCAGGUAAUAACAUGAUGGCAACUUUAGUCUCAGGAGCCUCUCUUGGAACAGGUGAGUAUUUCAUAGACAUGUUUAUAGGUACACCUCCUAAACAUGUUUGGUUAAUACUUGAUACAGGAAGUGACCUCAAUUGGAUUCAAUGUGUUCCAUGUUAUGAUUGUUUUGAACAAAAUGGUUCCUAUUAUGAUCCAAAGGACUCAAGCUCUUUCAAAAACAUAAGUUGCCGCGAUCCGCGGUGUCCACUAGUUUCUUCCUUAGACCGUUUUGAUCUUUGUGAAGAUGAAAACCAAACAUGUCCUUAUUUUUAUGACUAUGCAGAUGGUUCAAACACAACAGGUGAUUUUUCAUUAGAAACAUUUAAUAUGAACCUCACUUGGCCUAAUGGAGAUGAAAAAAUGAAAAGGGUAGUUGAUAUAAUGUUUGGCUGUGGUCAUUUUAAUAAAGGGUAUUUUCAUGGUGCUUAUGGUUUGUUAGGACUUGGAAGAGGACCACUUUCAUUUUCUUCACAACUACAAUCUAUUUAUGGACACUCAUUUUCUUAUUGUCUUGAUGAUUUAUUUAGUAACACAAGCACUAGUAGCAAAUUAAUAUUUGGAGAAAACAAGGACCUACUGGAUGACCCUAAUUUGAAUUUCACUACAUUGCUUGAUGAACAAGAAAGUCCUAAUGAAUCAUUUUAUUAUCUUAAGAUAAAGUCUAUUAUAGUUGGUGGUGAAAUGGUUGAUAUUCCUGAACAAAUUUGGAAUUUUUCAUUAGAAGGUGAUGGUGGUACAAUUAUUGAUUCUGGUUCAACAUUGACUUAUUUCCCUAGCAUAGCUUAUGAUAUUAUUAAAGAUGCAUUUAAGGAGAAAAUUAAACUGCAACCAAUUUAUGAAGUUGAUUUUGUUAUGGAUACUUGUUACAAUGUAUCAGGAGGGAAGCAAGUGGAGUUGCCUGAGUUUGGAAUUCAUUUUGCUGAUGGGUCUGUGUGGAAUUUUCCAGUGGAGAAUGUUUUUUAUCCAUAUGAAUUAAAUGAAGUUCUUUGUUUGGCAAUUUUGGAAACUCCUCAUCACUCUUCUACAAUUAUUGGAAACUUAUUGCAGCAGAAUUUUCAUAUUCUGUAUGAUAUUAAGAAUUACAGGUUGGGAUAUUCUCCAAGGAGGUGUGCUGAGGUUUAGCUAUUUAGUAUUUUUUUUCAAAAUACAUCUGAGUUUAUUUAUGUAUCAGGAAAGUAACCAACUUGACAAUUUUUUUCUUUUAUGUUUUUUCAAUAUCUUUAAGUUUAAUUUAAUUUCUAUUUAGGUCA